AUGACCAACCUCCUUCCUUCAGCAACGGAUGGAAACUGCUACUACAUCCUGACUGAGGACUGUGCCUAUGGAAGCAAAUACUUCCAAGCUGGGAAUAUGUGCUGCUGCAGCGAGAGGAGUUACCUCCGGAGCUUCUCCGACACUGGACCCUCAGCUUGUUUCCUCAAGGUUUUCAUGUUGGAUGACAACUCCACCAUCACCAUCAACAUGGAGAUGCUCCAGCCCAUCCGGGAAGAGGCAGCAGGAUUCCUCCUGGCCAUCAGCAGCCACCAGGAAAGGUUGGAUUUCUUCUUGGAAAGGCUGAGCCUUGAGGCAGCUCUCCAAGCCGUGCCAGGUCGGGAUGUGAUGGUGGAAGUGGAUAGGAAGUUCUUCCCAGGUAUCAUCCGUUAUGUUGGGAGUAUCUACCAAUCCACCUCGGCUGUGUUGGCUCCAGUGUUUUUUGGGGUGGAAUUACAGGGUGAGGGAGAAAACAGAGGGAGAAGUGAUGGAUCUUACCACAGCGUUGAGUACUUCAAGUGCAAAGCCAACUGUGGGAUCUUCCUGCCCUUCAGCAAAAUCCAGUUUCUUCCCACUUUGGAUAAGGAUUAUGGGAAACAGAAGGCAAAGGUGGAUGUGGAGGAGGUGGUUCCAGUAAAAGUGGGAGAUGCAGUUAGUUUCUACGUGGAUGAAGUCCUCACCAAGGGAAUAGCCAUGGCAGUUUACAGGGAAGGAAGCCAAUGGUUCGUCAGAGUUUGUCCAGAAGAAGAAGGAACAACUGAUAUCUUCAGAGAGAUCCCAAUGGAUUUGGUCAUCAAGGACAACUUGCAGAGUUUCUUUUCAUCCUUCGACUCCACCGUUGGCUUGGGCCACCCAAACGUGACGAAACAAGGAAUGAGUGAGAGCAGUGAGGAAUGUGACAGUGGGAAUUCAGGCCUGGAAGUGAACUCUAUGGUGCAGAUCACCUUGGACAAAGGCAAUCAGGUCUCCGGGAUCAUCCGUUGGUUGGGUUAUCUGCCCUACGUCGAGCACAAAAUGGCUGGAGUUGAACUGGAUGAAGAUAAAGGAGUCAACGCCGGCGACUGGUUGGGCAAAUAUUAUUUCCGCUGCGCACCCAAGCGAGGCCUCUUCGUCAGGCUCCAGUCCUGCCAGCCCGACGUGCGCUUCCAGAGCCUGCCCAGCACGGACCUGUCCCUCCUGGAGUACG